CAAAACUACGAUCAAACUAUUAUCGCCUGUCAGGGGAAUUUUGCCUAGCGGCCAGGUAAAGGUUAUCAUUUGGUUAAACUGACUUUUGAAUCAGAUCUGCUGACAGAAUGAAAUGUUGAAAUGUGUCAAAUUAGCUAAAGUGUGGACACCUGCCCAGGUUGCCAGAGGGCGGAGUUCCCAAGCUGAUUCCAAUGACUUCAUCAGUGCGAUGAUUGGUCAGCUCAUGAAACGACACUUUAAAAGGACCACUGUCUUUGCAGCAGUCAUGAAUCUGAAAUAAUAGAUUAUUUUUGUAUUUGCUGCACACCGCUUACAGACUGUUUGGUUUCAGUUUUACAACAAAAAUGGGUUUUGGAUUGUGUGUGAGAGUUCUUGUGAUCUCACUCUUGAUUUUUGGGCAGCAAGCAAAGGCACUCAGCUACAGAAGUGGAGGCUCCAGUGGCAUUACACCUCACUUUGAUUUUUCAAGAAGCCUUAAACCCGCUUCCACUUCCAGUGAUGAUAGUUCAGCACAGCCUGAGAGGGUUUUGGGUAGUUAUUCACCCUUUCAUGCUGAUGGGGCUUUAUCUGAGACUCUGAAGCCAGCUGCUGCACCAAGUGCAGGAGGUUAUAGUGGCUCUCAUGGAAGGCAAGUAGGUGGUCACAGUCCUGAGGGAAGUGUUUCUAGUUACGGGCCAAGCCAACAAAUAAUUCGUAAGCCAAACCAACUACCUCAAGCUAACCCUAGUGCAAAUGGUGUCCUUCCAAGCAAAGCUGCCCCGUGGGCUUUCCCUUUGCCCCAUAAUCCAAACUAUUUUCAGUCUGGUAUUGCUUCAAGUUCUGCAAUUGUGAUGCACUCUGGUCCCUACUCCAAGCCCCAGAAGCCCAAAAACCGUCCAAAGCCCCAGCAGGCCGGCUACAACCCUAAGCCCCACCAGCCCAAACCUCAGCAGGCCGCCAACCCUUCAAAUCCCCUGCAGUCUUGGUACCAGCCCAAACCCCAGCAGACCAAGCCCAACCAGCCCUCCUACCCUUCAAAUCCUCAGCAGGCCAAGCCCUACCAGCCUUCAUACCCUUCAAAUCCUCAGCAGGCCAAGCCCUACCAGCCUUCAUACCCUUCAAAUCCUCAGCAGGCCAAGCCCUACCAGCCAGCCUACCCUUCGAGUCCCCAGCGGGCUACCAACCCUUCAAGUCCCCUGCUGUCUAGGUACCAGCCAAAACCCCAGCAGCCUUCUUACCAUUCAAAUCCUCAACAGGCCAAGCCUCAGCAGACCGAACCCCUGCAAGGGGUGCUCCAAAGUAAAGCUGGCAUGUGGUACUUUCCUUCCGAAGGAAGUGUUUCUUCUGACUCUAAUGUGCAGGCCAAGCCCUACCAGCCAGCAAACCCUUUGAAUCCCCAGCGGGCUACCAACCCUUCAAGUCCCCUGCAGUCUCGGUACCAACCCAAACCCCAGCAUCCUGCCUACCCUUCAAAUCCUCAGCAGGCCAAGCCCUACCGGCCUUCAUACCCUUCGAAUCCUCAGCAGGCCAAGCCCUACCAGCCUGCCGACCCUUCAAAUCCCCUGCAGUCUAGGUACCGGCCAAAACCCCAGCAGCCUUCCUACCCUUCAAAUCCUCAGCAGGCCAAGCCCUACCGGCCUUCCUACCCUUCGAAUCCCCAGCAGGCCAAGCCCUACCAGCCUGCAUACCCUUCAAACCCUCAGCAGGCCAAACCCCUGCAAUGGGUGCUCCAAAGUAAAGCUGGCAUGUGGAACUUUCCUUCCCAAGGAAGUGUUGCUUCUGGCUCUAAUGUGCAGCCCACUGACUCAAACUCGCACUUGAAUCUUGACCCAAGUAGUUUGAGAGAAAUUCCAAUGCCAUUCCCGUACCAGCCCAGGUGGCCGCAGCAACUGGUGCCAGUGUAGAACAGACAUCAUUGACCUUCCUAACUGUUCCUGAACUUGCCUGGAAGAAGUCUGAACUGGCAUCAACUUUGAAUUUAAUAAAAUACUUGGAACACAC